AUGAUUGGUCAACAGAAGAACAAAUUCGAAACUGAAGAACAAAAGGAAGACUUAGUUUGGGAUUUUAAAAAAUCCCGGGAUAAUAUCCUUCAUUGGAAAGCUCAUGUACUAAGAUCUGUAAACCAGGAACGUGCAAAGCAAGACAUAGCCAACCUGCAAAGUAACUCCGUUUUGAUUAUCAUGGAUUGGGCAAUGAAAUUUUUGCAGUUGAAAUACCGAGAGAAACAAAGUGAUUGGUACAGUCAGAGAGGCUUAAGCUGGCACAUAAGUAGCGUGGUGUUCCGGGACAGUAUCACAUCUAAAAUAAAAGUCAUGUCUUUUGCACAUCUCUUCAAUUCUUGUACACAGGAUUGGUAUGCUGUCACAUCUAUUCUCGAAGACCUUCUGCAUAACAUUCAAAAGCAAUUUCCGAAUAUCUCCGUGGCUUAUCUAAGGUCAGAUGAAGCUGGUUGCUACCACAAUAAUUUCCUUAUACCAGCUGCAAAGGAUGUGGGGGGAAAGAGUAGGAAUAUGCAUUGAAAGAUACGAUUAUUCAGAGCCACAACAAUGCAAGGACAUUUGCGACCACAUUCUUUGCUCAAUGAAGCAAGCCAUUCGACAACACUGUUGUGAAGGCCAUGAUAUAUCAACUGCGUCGGAUAUCAGGGAAGCUCUCUCCAAAAAGAAGAUAACAGGCACAAGUGCCUCUGUUAACAUAGUCAACGAAGCAAAGAAAACCAUUGAAAUUCAUAAGAUUGACAAAUUCAGUUCUUUUCAUAACUUCAAAGUUGAAAAAGAUGGAAUACGAAUGUGGAAAGCUUUUGGAAUUGGUCCAGGAAAGUUCAUAAGUUCUAACGCUAUCAAAUAG